AAUUUUCGACAUUGUUUUAAAUGACCUGAGUAUUAGGGCUAAAUGUGAGUUGGUGUGGGAAAUAACCGAAAAGUAUUGUCUAACAUAAACAUCACAAAACAGAAAGUAGAAAAACCAACUCGUAUAGACAGCCGUUGCUAAUGCCUACAUUUAGAAGCAGAAAUAUUGUUUUUCAUUAAAAUGGCAGAUCCAAUAUUGGAAAGAUAUGUAGCCGCGAUGGUGUUGAGUGGCGUAGGUGACGCUAUGGGAUAUAAAAAUGGAAGUUGGGAGUUCUGUCAAUCAGGGAUCGAUAUUCACCAAGAAGCCGAAAAAUUGGGAGGAAUUGAAAAUUUGAAGAUAGAAUUACCGAAUUGGAUGGUUAGCGACGACACUGUUUUACAUUUGGCAACAGCGGAAGCUUAUAUGGAAACUAAAGACACAAAAGACAAAGAAACUUUAUAUAAGCAUAUUGCAGAAAAAUACAAAAAGGGUAUGGACGACAUGGAUGGAAGGGCACCUGGUCGAACAACAAUGAAUUCUUGUCAUAUGCUGAACCCUUUACAAGAAAAGGGCUAUGAAAUUCCAUUCAAUCCGCGAGGGCGUGGCUGUGGCGCUGCGAUGCGGGCAAUGUGUAUUGGUCUUAGAUAUCCAAAGCCUGAAAAUCUAUCCGAUUUAAUCGCCGAUGGCAUAGAAUCCGGACGUAUGACUCAUCACAACCCAACGGGAUUUUUAGGAAGUUUAGCUGCCGCUUUGUUUACAUCUUACGCCAUACAGAACAAGCCAGUAGAGCAGUGGGGUGCGGGUUUAAUGGACACUCUACCGCUUGCUCGUAAGUAUAUACAGGAAACAGGUCGUGCGGUUAAUGAGAAUUUAAAAGAAUGGGGAUAUUUUGAAAAUGCAUGGACAAAUUAUUUAGAAACACGAAACAUUACAUCUGGGAAAUCUCUUCCGAAAUUCCCAUCAGAUUAUGGAAUCGAAGCACGUGAUAAAUUUUACGAAUCUGUAAGUUCUUCUGGUUGGGGUGGGGCUAAUGGACAUGAUGCUCCAAUGAUUGCAUAUGAUGCUAUGCUCGGCUCGGGAGAUAGUUGGAUUGAGAUAUGUAAAAGGGGUAUUUUACAUUAUGGAGAUAACGACAGCACAGGAGUUAUGGCAGGUUGUUGGUUCGGAGCAAUGUAUGGACUUUUGGGAGUUCCCGAUAAUCAUCAUAAAAAACUUGAAUACCGAAAACGUCUUGAAGAGGCCGGAGAAAAGCUUUACAAAUUGGCGCAUAAAGGUAAAGAACAUCAAUCAUCGAGCAUUCCAUGUCAAAAAGAGGGUAAUGGCGAAACUGACGCUUGUAAUGAUAUGUAAGUCAGAAAAGUCCUUUCUGUGCGCAUGAUCAAGGAAUUUCUGAGGAACGAAGCCAGAAAAAUUAGGUAGUUAGUGUAGACAGUUCAAAACAAACAACCAACCAAGAUACAGAAAAGAAAGUAACAGAAAAAGUGUUAACCAUUGUUUGACUCAUUGUAUUUUUCAAAAAGUGUUUUUUUUUUUUGUGUAUUUAACCAAAUAAACCAUAUGUAUGCGUGG